GUGGCAUAUCUACUAAUGUACUUGCAUAACUCUAAUGCACAGACUGAGUUAUCAGAUCAAUUAUCCAUCUCCUGCCGAGCCCUCCGCAAGAAUAGGGAUCCGACAAUCAAACCACCGGGGGAGGGAUUUGAUCAAUAUGCCCAAAUUCUCCCUUUCCACUCUCCUCUCGUCGCUGCUCUAUCUUCUCCCCGCAUACUUCUUCGUUCUCGCGCCGCUCCUCCGCCAACUCUUUCCCGAUUCCGCAGGGAAUCUUUUCGACCUCGACCUCGAUGCCGACGGGACCGAGCCCGAUUCGGGCCUCACCCUCAACCCGGAUAUCCUGAGUCUUCCAGAUGGGGUCAUUCCAAAUUGUGCCCCCGACAAUUACCGGGUUCACCUUCUGCAGAAAGACCCAUUGGUGAUAUAUAUUGAGGAUUUCUUGUCGGCGGAAGAAACGGACCACAUCGUCAAUCUAAGUAAAUCGAACUACACUCUCUCCACGAUCUAUAACGGCCAAAACACAACUCACGAUGCCACCCGCCGCCUCUCCGACCGCGCUCUUCUCCCCCGCGACAACACCGUCCGAUGCCUCGAGGCCCGCGCCGCCGCAUUCCAGGGCUGGAAACCGCACCUCUACAUUGAACGCAUGUGGGCGCAACGCUACAACACCUCCGGCCACUACGUCCACCACUAUGACUGGGCCGGAUCCGCUGCCCGUGGCGGGGACCGCCUCAGCACAUUUAUGGUCUACUUGGGGGAUGACUGCGAGGGUGGAGGCACAAACUUUCCGCGGCUGAGGAUGCCUCGGAGUGCCGCGGCCCUCCGCGAAUGGUGUCGGUUUGUGGAGUGCCCUGCGGAUGCUGCUGCUGCUGCCCCUCCAAGAGGGGAGCCUAAGGAUGGCGAGCCAAGCCAUGCUGCCGCUUCCGCUGCCGCUGCCUCGCAGGGAGUUACAUUCAAGCCCAUCAAAGGCAAUGCCAUCUUCUGGGAGAACCUGCGACCGGAUGGAUCGGGAUAUCCGGAGACGUGGCAUGCCGCGUUCCCGGUCACCUCCGGAACGAAGAUCGGAUUGAAUAUUUGGAGCUGGUAUCAGCCCCCUCGGCGUAGGAGAGGUUGAGCCCGGUUCCCAGAUUUCAGUUGGAUAUACCCCUUU